AUGGCGCCGAAUAAAUAUGGUAAUAUGUCUCAUGAAGACUACGUUAACAUUAACAAAAUCGGAGAAGGUAUGUAAAAUCAUUUAAUUUUUAAUUUUUUAGGAACUUAUGGUGUUGUAUACAAAGCAAAGCUUAAAUCUACUGGGCAGAUUAUUGCUGUCAAGAAUAUCCGCCUCGAACAAGAAGAUGAAGGUGUUCCCACUACUACUAUCAGAGAGAUUACCACUUUGAUUGAACUCAAACAUCCUAACGUUGUCGAACUUAUCGAUGUGAUCAUGACGGACAAGACCUUGUCAUUAGUAUUCGAAUUUUUGUCGAUGGAUUUGAAGAAAUAUCUUGAUCGUUUGGCCGAGACUGACUUUUUGGAUCACGAUAUCAUCAAGAGCUUUAUGUUCCAGGUGAGUUCAUUCUUCGUUUACGAUCUCUCUUUAGCUGUGCCAAGCAGUCUGUUACUGUCAUCAGCGUCGAAUUGUCCAUCGAGAUUUGAAGCCUCAGAAUCUUCUUGUUGACGUCAAAACUAACACUUUGAAGGUGGCAGACUUUGGUCUUGCGCGUGCCAUUGUUAUCCCCGUUCGGGCUUACACUCACGAAGUGGUCACUCUUUGGUACCGUUCUCCCGAAGUCUUGAUGGGCACUCCACGUUAUCACAUGGGUGUGGAUACCUGGAGUGUUGGAUGCAUCUUCGCCGAGAUUGCCCGUAAGAGGCCUCUGUUCCCAGGAGAUUCCGAAAUCGAUCAGUUGUUUCGCAUCUUCAGAACUUUAGGAACUCCGACAGAAGAGAACUGGCCUUCUGUCAAAGUCUUACCCGAUUACAAGGAAAAUUUCCCCAGAUGGACUGCGAAUACCUUGGCCGAGAGAAUGUAUGAUCUGCUGGACAAGGAUGGAUUCGAUCUCCUCGAAGUAAGCAUAAGGUUUAGUAAUUUGUUUAAUUUUUCGUGUUUGUUAGCUUAUAUUUCCUUUCAGAAUUUGUUGGCGUAUGACCCGAUGCGUCGUAUGUCGAUGAGAGAUGCCCUGAAUCACAAGUAUUUUAACGGCUUCGAUAGUUCUACUGUGCCAGCUGGAAAUUACAGAGGAGAACUGAAACUCAGAACACCCUUUUCAGGUUCAGGCGAUCAUCCCCUUUAUUCUCACGGAACUUAA